AUGGCGCCCAUCAGCAACCAGUCGCCUCACAUAGGGUUUCACACGCCCACUCAACAGGCCACUCGAGAUAAACCCAGCCCUCUACGGAUCGUGAAGCGCAGCCGACUGAUCGAUCACCACGAGAGUAGCCCGAAAGAAAUCGCGUUUCCCAGUGACGACGGCGUAGCGGGCACAUCAGAGUUAUUGGACAGGAAGUUCCCGUUGAAGAUCGUCAAGAGGCGUAGCCGACGCAAGGCCCCAGCAUUUCUGUCGGAUGAACCGGGCACAGACGGCUGGGAGCAGAACGCGGGCUAUCGGCCCAGCUUCUGGGCCAGCUCUGUGGAGCUGAGCCGCCCGCGGGGACGAGUUUGGGAGGAGACGCUGACGCGGUGCCGCGGACUGCUCACCAAGUCGACUCCCUUCCUCAAGGACUCCAGACAGCCGUGGACUAUGGGGAGGAGCGGUGCGCAUCGGCGAGCGCCCAGCUGUCGCACGGCUUCGUCGGGCUCUUCUAUCCUCGACUACGCCGACUACACCCCCUCGAACGGUCCACCAUCAUCCCGGCAGUCGUUCGGUGCCCGGCCCGCCGAGCGGCCCGCAUCGCCUCUGCACAAAUCGCCCGUGCCUCCACAGUCGACACCACCCCUCGAUUUCUCGCGAGCUGCCCAUCCCUUUGUCCUGUCUCCUUACAUUUCCGUCGUUUCUCAGUGUACCGGUCAGGAAGCAGGCCGGCAGUCUGCCUGGGCAACUGUCGAGGUGUCAGGCAGGCUCUCUCGGAUCCCUUCAUCUCGAUCGCCAUCGGGGAGCGGCGCACAGCCGUUAGUCUCCAGGGGCUCGUUUGUUGACCACCAGCUAGAUCGCUUUUUCGAGUUCGGCUGCCUAUACGACCUCAGCGUCGAGAUACUGCCUACCACGGAGUCCGCAAUCGUCCAAGUGGUACAGGAACAGGCUUUUCCUACCACCAUUCAUGCAGGGUCAAGCGUCAUUCUCCUCGUCCACGUCCAGAUAGACUCGGAGAAGGGGAAGCAGCGCAGCGGGACCGGACACGUUCGCCAAAAGUCGGACGAGCUCAUAGAGGAUCUGGAACUGGAGCUUGGCAGCUCAGCGGUGGGGUUCAUGCACAUCCGCGUGUCGUACUCUCACUCUGCCUUUCCCGAGCAAGUAGGUGCGGAGCCAGAUGCGGGCGGCGUUUCCGGCUUGAGGAGCAGAAUGGAGACGACGGCCACGGCCAGCCUGGUGAAGCAACAUAACGCCUUUUCGAUGUGGUCGCCUCGACCCGAGCCCCUGCAGAGCCAUAUACUUCCGCUCGUACAACGACACUGGGGCUUGGAAAAGGCAAUGUCGAUGAAGAGACUAAUCAUGGGACAAGAGCAACAACAGUCAAGGAGACUGCAAAGGACCUGCCAGGGGAAGACUGAAAAGGCGGACGCGCUGGGCUCAGACUCGGCAACCGCCCGCGCACCCACUACGCGCGCACCUGCGAGGCGGGCCAGCCUGCAUGCAGACCGCACUUCCAAGGCCUCUACGCUUGGCCCGGCUGUCGGGAAGCGAGCGCAGCGGCUGCUGUCCCCGGUCCCGCCGUCGGCGCCCUCCUCGCUAAGGAGCAGCACGAGCUCGGAAGAUGCGCGAUGCUACGGGGGACCACUGGACCCGCGCAAUUCGGGGGCCAAUACGAAAGGCAUCGUCGGCCCUGCCGGCUCCUUGCAGCGUCGGGUCCAGGACCGGGUCGGGACGCGCAGGGGUUCGGCGGCUCCUACCAAGGCGUGGGCUGCAUCGGAUCCGGAAGAGGGCCGAGAGGCCCAGCAGGACAAGGAGACGUUACAUGGCAAGCCCAUGAAGGACACGGGGUUCUGGAACUGGGGCCUGUGGUUCUAG